CGAGCUCUACUCAUUGCGUCUCCUACUUCCCCUCCUAUACCCUCGGUUUUUAUUGCACUCCAAAAUGCUGAGAUUGAUAAGAAGACGACGCUGAAAUUGAUAAGGAAGGAAAGAACUGUUGUUUAUGAGAUAUGGUGAGGCCGAGCGAGGGUGGUAGAGGAGAAAAAUAUAAGGGAGUGAGGAUGAGAAAAUGGGGGAAAUGGGUGGCGGAGAUACGGCAACCGAAUAGCAGAGGUAGGAUUUGGCUAGGGUCUUAUAACACUGCAGAGGAAGCAGCUAGAGCCUAUGAUGCUGCGCUUUUUUGCUUACGUGGACCUUCUGCGAUUCUCAAUUUCCCAAUGAAUCCACCGGAUAUUCCUUCAGCAACUGAUCUCUCGCCGUCUCAGAUUCGGGAUGUUGCGUUUAGGCAUGCACGAAAGGGCCCGGAGAUGACGGCAUCGGAAGAGGCGUCUGGGUUGUUGAAGGAGUCGUCAGAAUUGCGUGGAGAGACUUAUUUUUUUGGCCUGCCACGCAGCGUAGAGUAGAAAGUUCGGAAAGGAUUUCCAGUGGUGCAUAUUAUCAAACACCUGGUGUGUGGAUAGUUUAAGUUUAUUAGCUGAGGCCCUUUUUUUGCUUUUAUUUCUUCAAGAUUUUCCUUUGUUCAAUAUUCUAACUUACGUAGACUUCGCUCCAUGGAUUUUGAUUUAUAUAGUCCAUUUUGAGGCCAAGAAGGCUCCAAUAGCUAGGAAUUUUAUAUGGUUUUGCUUAUUAAUAUAUAGAGGAUUGAAUUUCGUCUAGUUGGCAAAAUUUCAUUUUAAGAGAAAUGUUGCAAUUAA